AGCUCCGCCCUUCUCCCCUCGUCUCUUCCGGUUAAGGCCAUAUCAGCACAUUUUAUUCAUUGUGGAAUAUAUUUUUGAACCUCUUGUCAGUGUUGUGCCAGAGUUUAGAACACAGCAGGACACGUCGUUUGUUUUAUGGUCUCGCACAGCUCGUAAAAACUUCCCAUUGAAGACAGUGAGCAGCACCCAGUCAUGGAGGAGGAGACAGUGGAGACACCAGAGGAGCUGCUGGCAAAGAAGCACCGCAAGGAAAAGAAAGACAUGCAAGCCAAAAUCCAGAGCAUGAAAAAUGCAGUCCCCAAAAACGACAAGAAAAAGAGGAAACAGUUGACGGAAGAGAUCGCCAAACUGGAGGCUGACCUCAGCCAGAAACACGAGGAGGAAAUCAGGCAACUCAAGCCUACAACUGACACAAAGGUGGCAGAGGUGAUAAAUGGAGUGAACACCGUGAAGAUAGAGGAUGAAGAUGAAAAAGAGGUCAAACAGUCACGUGUGUCCAAGGCCCAGAAGAGACGGGACAAGAAGGCUGCCCAGGAGAAGGAGAGGGAGAGCAGGAUAGCUGAGGCCGAGGUGGAAAACCUGCAGGGAGUGAGGCACCAGGAGGGUUUGAUGUUGGCUCAGAAACUCGCCCAGCAGCAGCUUCAGAUCAAGGAGAUCUCCUCCGACGGCCACUGCAUGUACCGAGCUGUUGAAGAUCAGCUGGCACAGCGGUCACAGCCGGGGUCAAAGGGUGUGAAAGAACUGCGGUCUCGCACUGCCGAGCACAUGAGAAACCACGCUGACGACUUCUUGCCUUUCCUCACCAACCCCAGCACCGGUGACAUGUACACAACAGAUGAGUUUGAGAAAUACUGCAGUGAUGUGGAGCACACGGCAGCAUGGGGUGGACAACUGGAACUGCGCGCUUUGACCCAAGUUCUUCAGUUGCCGAUAGAAGUGAUCCAGGCUGACGCCUCGACUAUAAAAAUCGGGGAGGAAUUUGAUAGUGACCCCAUCACUCUUGUUUACAUGCGUCACGCCUAUGGACUGGGAGAGCACUACAAUUCUGUGGAGCAGCUAAAGGACCCUGCCAAUGCAGAGGACAGCUGAGAGACGGCCUAGUCUUGGUGUGACAAACCAGUGUGCGUGAGACGCAGCGAGUGUUCGAACCACUCACACCAAGGGGCCCUGAAUACAAGUGUAUUUGGAGGGAGACCUCCCCUCAUUGAAGACAUUGAUAAGCUGAGGUUAACAGAGAAUGUUGCAUUUAAUGCUUAACAGUGCUUUUAUGUUUUGAAGUCAAAAGAAAUCAGUGGGGUGAGAGAAAUCUAACAAAACCCCUCGCCUCUGAGAGCAGCAUCAUCAUGCUAAUGAAAAUAGCAUAGAAAGGAAGUUAAUGUGUAACUGAUUUUACGCCGGACUCUCUUAGUCUGUCCCAAAGACCUCCCACCUUCCCUUCAACUCAUUUUGAGAAGAUAAAGGUGUAACACAUUUUAAGAAAAAAAAAUCCAAAUCCACCUGAGCGGGAGAGUUUGUAAGAGCUUUUGAGCGUGCAUGUCACUCAACCAAAUGUCAGCACUGUGGAGGUUAUUGGAUUUUUUUCAGUGAUCUUGGAAUGAACUGAAUCGUCAAACCUGUAACUCAUAUCAGUGUUACAUAAAUAUAUAUGAUACCACUGA